CAGGAGAAAAGCGGACGGAGCAGCUCUAGUCAGGAAGGGAGUAGGCACCCGUUGCAACAGCACUUCGGAGCAGCAGUCUUCUGCCAAUCCGCAACGAAACAUGGAUGAACUGCUUUUUACGGAGUAUCUGACUAUGUGGCUGUAAGAAUGCGUCCACCGCAUACCUCCCGUUGCUUUCUUCGGUUUCUUUUGCUCUGCAAUGCAUGGUGGACACUGGUGAAAUCACUACCGACCCAAGGAGCAGUUGAGGUGCUGAUUAAAGUGCAGGUUAUUGACAACAGUGACCUGUCACCCAUAGAGGAAGCCACAGUUCAGGUGUGUGGGAACCAGACCAUCUUAGCAUCCAGCCUGGCAGGAGGAGAUGGGAUUGUUACACUUACCUUCCUGUAUCGGCCAGGAACUUGGGUCAUCGUCAUGGCAUCAAAAAAUGGAUUUGUUACAAACUCAGCACCCUGGCAUGCCAGUCGCAUCCCCCUAUAUGCCUCCAUAAGUCUGUACCUACUUCCCCAGAGACCAGCCACUGUCCUGCUUUAUGAUGAUGUGGUGCAGUUACUGUUGGGCUCUCCAGGCUCCCGGAGACAGCCUUGGGUACAGCUUCAGAGGAGAGCCAUCUGGCCAACCCUAAACACCUCCCAAAUAACGCUGUCUGCCUUGCUUACCUCCUCCCGCAGUCAGUAUGAGCUCGGGGGCUUCCCCUACCCCCUCGCUCUGGAGAACAGCUCAGCAGGGUCCAACAGUAGCUGGUUGGAGCUGACAGCACUAGCUGCAAUGUGUGCUCAGCUCACUGGGCCCAAUGGCACAGAGGUCCAGGUAUCAGAACCCAUCCACAUCACCAUCCCACUCCCUUCUGACACUCCUCUCAAGACAGCCACCAGCGUCCCAAUCUGGAGGUUCGAGGACAAGUCGGGUCUGUGGGUCAGAAACGGUGCUGGCUACAUUAAAAAAGAGGGCAUUCAGAUGAUGUGGAGUUUCGUGGCUCCAAAUUUAGGAUACUGGCUUGCAGCAUUUCCCUCAACCUCAGGAACAGGACUCAAUCCCUCCGGUCUGAGAGACAUUACUACCUACCACACCAUCUUUCUGCUUGCCAUUCUGGGAGCAAUGGCCCUGCUAGUGCUCAUUCUGCUGUGUUUGCUACUGUACUACUGCAGGAGGCGUUGUUUGAAACCUCGGCAACAAUGCCGUAAAAUGCACCAUUCCUCCACUCUUGAGAGCUCAAAGAGAGACCAAGGCACGUCCACCUCCCACCUCAAUCUAAUCAGCAGCGGACACAUGGAGACAGCCUCCUCCACCGGCGACCCUGAUGGCAUCAAAUCUGACCUUUCCUCCAACCACGAUCUCUACAACACCAGAGAUGACUUCUUCAGACACGGCCCCACCCAGAGUCAGCGCAACUCAAGCACGAAUGCCGACACAAAUCGAGGAGAAAGCUUCCCAUUGAAAGCCACUCGAUCUACAAACACAGGAAUUCUGGACCCGCUCCUGCAAGAUGACUAUACCAGAGGGUACAGCUCUGCCGAGGACUCUGAAGAACGCAGAUACCAGUACCAUAAUGCAAAAGACAACCAAGGCUAUUCAUCAGACCCACCGUCACCACCUCCACUUUUACCACCAUUUGCUGGCCACUAUCAGGAUCAUGGUCGGGACAGCAAGCCUCCAGAAUAUUAUGCAUCAGCAGGGUAUAACCUUAAUCGGCCCAGUUCCAUCAAUACCCAGCCUGGUCAGCUGAUCUUCUGUCACUCAGUGGAGCAGAUGAAGGAGAGCAUGUACCAGAGCAUGGUGCCCACAUUGGUCAUCCCUGCCCAUUACAUGCAUCUGUCCUCCGACCUGUCAGCUGUGGAGAAGGCCAUGGAAAGGCAGCAACAGAUGCAGCAUGAUAUGGAGGGCAUCCAGGUUAGCUUGACGCUACCAAGGCAACAGAGUCAACAUCAAAAGCAACAACAGCAGCAGGCCAAGCAGGAUAAGGAAGAGGAAGUGUCCAGCCAGCAAGAAGAAGGAACAUCUGAGCAGAACUGGAGUUCAGAACAAACUGCUGCCCCAGUCCGUAUUCCUGUUCUAUUCAAUGACUCCACCAUUGCCCAAAUGAAUGGAGAGCUGCAAGCUAUGACGGAGAAGAAGUUGCUGGAGCUCGGGGUAAAGCCACACCCUCGUGCCUGGUUUGUACCCCUUGACGGUCGUUCAAACUCUCUUGUUAGACACUCGUACAUUGAGUUGAGCAAUGAAGCCUUGCGUGCACCCACAGGCACCAGCAAUCUUUCCCAGAAUCGCCAUGCUGAAACACAUCCCAUGUGUUCAGGGAAAUAUAUUCAGCGGAAAGUAAAAGAAAGCAAGGUAAAGGAGGGAGGUGAAAGAAAGGCUCAUGGAAAGAUUUAUUCCAAGCUUCCAGUUAUAGAAACACCAGACUCAAACAGCGAGAGCCAUUCAGCCAUGUACUCACCUGAGCAGAACUCCACAGCUCCAUUCCUUGAUGAGACUUCUGUGUCCAGAGGAGGGACUUUCCCCCGUAAAGGCCGUAGUCGUGACAGCAGCACUCGUAGUAGCACCAGCGAAGUCCACAGAGACUCUGUCACCAGCCCUGACGAUGACAAUGAAGCCGACGACAAAGAUGACGAUGGAGAGAAUAAAAAGAGCCCCUGGCAAAAGCGCGAAGAGAGGCCCCUCAUGGUUUUCAAUGUCAAGUAGCUCAUGCACUAUCCUGGACUGGUUAUUUCGUCAUCUUGGCUACACCCUUGCUCCUCAUAGAUGCUUACCGACUUACCUGAGUUGAAGCUAGAAGAUGUAGGGCUGGAAAGGAGUUGAAUGAAAAGCAGAAAAAGCACAAUAAGAGAAAUGGCACUUAAUUGAGUGAUAUGCAUCUGUUCAUGAAGAUCAAGUCUAGGUACCAAGAAUUUGCACUGAACGCCAGUUGUUAAGCAUCUAAUAAAUCCUCACACCCUCUUAGAUGUCCUCCAGAUGGUUUAGACUCUCACUAUGUAGAAAGUGAUAUCUGAUUAAAUUCAGGCACCAGUUCAUAAGGCCAAAGGGAGCUGUAACUUUAAAUACUCUCUUUCCUCAAGAUGUUGUCUCGCUUUCCUUAAGUGACACCUAAUUUUUAUAAGAAUGACCAUGAGCCAUUUUAAACUGACAUUGGGACGCAAUCCACAAGCCUUAAAGAGCUCUUUCCUUUUCAAAAUAAGAAAUAUUACUUUAGAUGUUUCACAUUGUAAGGUUUGAAUGAUUUUAUCAGCUUAGAUUACUUUUAUUGUGGUGGAAUUACUCAAAAUGUUAAGUUUGUUUAUGACUAAGUAGAGCUGGACCAUUGAGAUGUGUGAGAAAAAGACAGUGACAUUUUUGCUGUGUUUUCUCCAAAUGUGACACUGUAUUUUGUACUGUUGGUUGAAGUUCCCCUUUUGUACUGCUCUAAAACCUGUUGCUGUAUCUUUUGAUGUGUAAGGAGACUGUUUAUGUUGGGAAAGCUGCUUGGUUGUUAAUAAAAGGCUCGGCUUCAUUGCAGAAAAAGCCUUUCCUGUUGGUCAGUGCAGCAAUAGGAAUUGUUUUGAGGGACUUGACCAAGGUUCUCACCUUGGACGCCUGUGAAAAUAUGUUUUCGCACUAAUCUUUGCUGCAAUGAGUAUCAGAACUUUUGCCAUAAAUCAGAACCACUGCAACUCUGCUCUGUUAACUGAGGAAGUAAAACUUUUUUCUAUGAACUUUUUUUGUGGUGUGACUGAAGAUGCAGAUUGUGCUUGAAAUGGAUGUUUUUUGGUAAAAAAAACAUUUACCAAGUAUUUUUUAAACAUGUUUAUGUAUUGCUUAAGCGCUCUUACUAAACUCUGUAAACCACUUAUUUGUAAAUAACACCUUAGUUAAUUUACACUCUCA